AUGAAUAAUAACGAUUUUUGUGAAAUUAGUAACAUCAAAUUUAAUGAUUUUUAUGAUCUUAUACAAGAAAUGACUAGUGAUAUUGAAGUUGAAAUAUUAAAAGCGCAAGAAAUUAAUAAUGUUCUUGCUUUAUUACGAGCAAAAGAUUUAGAUUCAAUUUUUCAAAUUGACUGUGAAGAACUUGAUGAUUUGAAAAAACGUGCUUGUUUAAAAUUAAAAAGUGGUGAAUAUAUAAUUCGACCAGCUAUAAAAGAAAAUCUUGAUUAUUGUGUAAAUGUCUUGAAAAAUAAAUCACCUGAACAACAAUUACAACCUCAAUCAAGAUUAGAACAAAAUAAACAAAAUUUAGAUAUAAAACAAGACAAUUUUAUGGAUACGUUUAUUAAUAAUUUAAAUGACAAUAUGCAUCGUUCUAAACAUCGCUAUAUUUACAAUACUCAUGUACGACGCUUUGCAUCAUCUGUGUAUGGAUUAGGUGGUCGAAAUUUAUAUGAAUUUUUAAGAUUAAAUUUGCCAGGAGCAUUUCCAUCUAUACCAACAUUAGAAUCUUAUAGUAAUGAAUAUUGUACACGUAUUGAAGAAGGCGAAUUUCGUUUUAAAGAAUUAGUGAAUUAUUCAAAUAAAAUUAAUUGUUCAUUUGUUUAUUCUUCUGAAGAUUCCACCAGUGUCAUCAGCAAAGUACAAUAUGAUAUUGAAAGUAAUUCUUUUAUUGGUUUUUGUGUGAAAUUGGUGAAUGGUUUACCUUUAACUCGUCAAUAUCAAACAGAUAAUUUUACAGAAUUGAAAAAUUGGUUUGAAACAGCUAAUCAAGUAACAUUAGUAAAUAUUAAUACUGUUCAACCAAUAACAAAUGUAACAUCACCAUCAUUUCUUUUAUCUGGUUUUGGUACAGAUAAUUCAUAUGAUACUAUUUCAAUAAUUUAUCGUUGGCUAUAUGUCUAUGAACAAUGUCAAACUCAUAAUAUUCGAGUCGUAGGAUUUGCUAGUGAUGCAGAUCCCAAAUACCUCAGAGCUAUGAGAUUAGCUACUGGUUAUUUUGCACAACUUCCAAACAUUAAUCUAUUAAAUCGAGAUGAUAUAUUUAAUAUACAAAUUCCAAAGUCAUGGUCAUCAUGGUUUUUUUUACGAUCAAAACAAUUGUUUUCAGCAACAUUAUUUAUUGGUUCAUACAGAAUUGCUGCAAAAGAUCUUCAAGAUCUCAUACAAGGUGAAUCGAAAUUAGAUCAUGGAUUAGUUUUAUCUGAUUUAUACGUGAAAGAUAAACAAAAUUAUUCAUCUUGUGUCAAAAUAUCAUCAUUAAAUGUUUUAAACAUGUUGGAAAAAAAUAAAAAAACAUUAGGAACACAAUGCUACUUAACUAUUUUACACUUCGUAACACUUGCUUAUAUUGAUAAGUCAAAAAAUGUGUUAGAGAGAUUAUUUUAUUCAUGGUCUAUAGUCUUUAUUUCGAGAUUUUGGUGGAUAUGGUUGAAAUAUAAACUUUCAACUCAAACUCAACAACCAUCAUCAAGAAAAAUUGAACAACAUUUUAUGACGUAUUCAUCAUUUUAUUCAAUUGAAUUAAAUGCGCAUGUUUUUACUUAUAUAGUAUUACUAGUAUUACACAAAAUAUUACCUGUUGAAUCAUUAAAUAUUUUCUUGUUCAGUUCUCAACCAUGUGAGAACAUGUUCAGGAGCGCGAGAGCGCUAACUGGAUCAUUUUCAUCAAUCACAAAUUUUUCACUUCAACAGUUUUUUUCUAAAACUAGAAAGAUUUCGAUCUUAAAUGAAAUAAAAUCAACUGAAGAAUUUAGUAAUGAUUCAAAUAAAAUAAAAUUUCCAGAACACCAUAAACAAAAUAAAAAUAAUUCAUUACCAUUAACAUUAAAAAAUUUAGAUAAUAUAACAUUAAAUGAAAUUGAAAAAAGUAUCAAGGAUGCAUUUGAAUAUGCGAAAUGUUUUAUAGAAAAAUUAGAUAUGUUAUCACUUUUAAAGAAGAACAAUGUAUUUGAAUUAAAUACUUUAUGUGCACGUAUAAAAGAUGAUUUAAAUAAUAUGAUAUUUGUUACAGAUGAUUCUGAACUGAAUAGUGAUGAUGAUGAUAAUGAUGAUUUAAAUGUGGAACAAACAUCUGAUCUAGUAGAUAACCAUGUCGAUAGUGAAGAAGAAUGUAUAGAUGCAGAAAAUGCCUGUACAACUUCGAAAAAAGAUAAUUACAAUGGCAUACGAAUAUAUUCUGCUGUUUCUGAUCAAGAUAAAAAUAAAUUUUUCAAAAUAAAUAUUAAUGGAAUCGACAAAUUCAUACAUAAGCAAACAGCAGCUUGGUGUUUAACAAAAAAAAAUAAUCAUUUAUCAUCUGAUAGACGAGUACGUGUUCAACAAACGAAUAAACAAAAAAAUUAA